UGGCUUGAUAGGUACGCAUCGUCUCUCAAAACCCAAGAUCUUAUUGAAUCUCUUUCUUUCAUAAUCAAAUUAGUCUUUCAACAUGGCUUCGAUAGUAGAAACAACUCCUAUCGCCUCCACAGACAGCCGCAAAUACCUCUACCUAGCUGGUAUCGGUGUCACACACUCCUUCGCCUAUGCUCUUCACAAUCUCGUCGCUAAAUCGCUCGAUUUACCAUGGGAAUUCAUCAAUCAAGAAUGUCCUACUGUCGAAACUGUCGUCGAGAUAUUCCGACGCCCUACCUUCGCCGGCGGCGUUGUCACAAUGCCCUAUAAGCAGUCCAUAAUGCCACACCUCGACGAGCUCGAUGAUCUCGCGCUCACUCUUGGUGCAUGCAACAACGUCUACCUCACGCCUGAGGGCAAGCUACGAGGCACAAACACCGACUGGAGAGGCAUCAAGGGAUGCUUACUUGGCGCCAACACCGAAGGAAAAGGCAAACCUGCCAUGAUUAUCGGUGCAGGAGGCGCUAGCCGGGCAGCUGUAUACGCUCUCUCCACCGAGCUCGGCUGCAGUCCUAUAUAUAUCAUCAACCGCGACGCAGACGAGGUGGCCGCCCUCCUCAAAGAUAGCAGCGCAUACGCAAAGGAAGACCAGCCGGCACCAAAGCUCAUCCACAUACAGACUGUGGCUCAGGCGAAGUCUCUACCAUCACCGUACUACAUCGUCGGCACAGUGCCGGAUUUCGAGCCGCAGACAGCGCAGGAGCUGGAGGCGCGGGCUAUGUUGACGGAAUUCCUCGACCGCAUGGAAGGCGAGAAGGGAGUUUUGCUGGACAUGUGCUUCAAGCCAAGGAACACGCGGCAUCUGAAGCUAGGGAAGGCAGCUGGGUGGACGACAGAGGAGGGGACGGGCAUAAUAGGGCAUCAGCUCGAGGAGCAGUGGCGGCUAUGGGCUGGUCAGCCCAAGGAGAAGCUGCCCUUGGAUGAGGCGUGGAAGAAGCUGACAGAGAUUGUGGAAACGCAUCCGGGUAUCAACUUUGACAACUCGGCGCCGAAGUUGUAGCUCAGUCACCUUUUAUACCAAUUCAUAACUUGUAAACUCCA